AGCGUUUGUGUAACUAUUGUGUGUAGGGCUUUAGCAUGCACCAGUUGUUUGAAACAAUUUUAAAAGGAAAAUUGUCAAAAAGUUUACCUAAUAUUUUUAUUUAUUUACAAAGGCAUUUUUUAAAGGGAAAAUUACACAAUUUAAGAAACAAUUCAAGUCAACUGCAAUAGUAGCAGUAUUGCUUUAAAUAAUGUCUGAUGAAACAAUAGAUGAACAUGAAUUUGAUGCAAGCAAUGUUGAGACACAAGAGGAAUUUUUACAAGAACCCCUAAAGGUUCUUAAAAGUGCUUGGUUAAAUGAGAAAUUCGCUCCUGAACUUCUUCCACAUAAGGAAAACCUGGUACGCUUUAUGAUGCAAUGUUUAUCAGACAUGGAAGAAAAAUUGGAGAGUUUAGAUAAAGAUGACAUUAGAAUUACGAUUCAUACCAUGGAACUGAAUAGAAUAAGAUUUCUUAUUUCAAGUUACCUCAGGACUCGUCUUAGGAAAAUAGAAAAUCACGUGAUACACAUUCUCAAAGAGCACAGUAAUUUAAUUGCGAGCAACUCUGAGAAUUUCUGUCUCACUGAAUCUGAAUUGAAUUUUGCCAAAGAUUAUUUUAGAAAUUUCGAAACACUUUUUCAAACAGUUGCUCUACAGCACAUGCCGGAUAAAUUUCGUGCAUUCGAUUAUGAUACGUUGUCUGUUAAUCCUAAUUUACAAAGUCAAGUGUUUCUCACUGCAAACAAAGAAAUUGAUGGGAUUAUAAUUCCAGAAACAAUGGAAGAUCCCAUUACUUUUGAAGCAGGCUCACAGCAUAUUGUGCAGUAUGGAGUGAUUUCAAAGUUCGUUAAAAGUGGCGACGUUCAGUUAUUAUAAAAAUUUUAGAUAUUUCUAACAUCUACUCUGAGCCUUGGAUAAUAUAAUGUAAUAAAUUUAAGUACUACGAAUAUUUUUAUAUUAAUUCAUAACAUGUUUAGUGUGGCAAACAGUUCCUACUUUUUAUAUUUAUAAAUGUUAAAAAUGUUAAGGAUGUGAAUAGAAAAGUGCAAAUUA